CGGUAGAAUCUCACGCGCUCGCUCUUCUUGCGUUAAAGCCCAUUUCUCGGCGACUGACGUGGCAAACCCUUUUAAACCCUCUCGACCGCCCGACCGUACAAUCCAUUCAAAAAGCCAAAAGCUUUUAUGGCCCAAGGAGAGAGACGGCAGCUGGAACUCGCCGGCUUAAAACGACGCUAACUCUGAUCUCCCCAAAGCUUAAAAACGACAACUUUUUGUUUUCUCAGUCCCAAGCUUCCGCUUCUUCCUCUUCUUUUUAAAGACCCUCCCUUCCACCACGUAUCCCGGCGAAAAAAUGUCCUCUCUUUGAUCCCCUUCCGUACAUCGAUUUUCUCUUCGCCUUCCAAAGCUUUUUUUAUUUUGAAAAAAAUAAUUUUUAUUAAAUUAAAUUGGUUUGAUUUAGUGCUGAAUGGGCCAUGGCCGAACAAUUGCCGACGACGAAUGGGGUGAAGGAGAACAACAAACUAUGGAAAGGGAUUUUUGCUGUCAGUGGAAUCAUGAUUACUCUUGUUAUUUAUGGAAUUUUACAGGAAAAGAUCAUGAGAGUUCCAUAUGGGGUGAACAAGGAAUAUUUUAAGUACUCACUGUUUCUUGUUUUCUGCAACCGCAUCACAACAUCAGCUGUCUCUGCUGGUUCUUUACUGGCAAGUAGGAAAGCCUUGGAUCCUGUUGCUCCAGUCUAUAAGUACUGCCUCAUAUCAGUAUCAAACAUCCUAACCACAACAUGUCAGUAUGAGGCCCUCAAGUAUGUCAGCUUUCCAGUUCAGACUCUUGCUAAGUGUGCCAAAAUGAUACCUGUUAUGAUUUGGGGUACUUUCAUCAUGCAGAAGACAUAUAAGGGUUUUGACUAUUUGGUGGCUUUUCUGGUGACCCUAGGUUGUUCAAUAUUUAUACUAUUUCCGGCAGGAACUGACAUUAGUCCUUACAGCAAAGGAAGAGAAAAUACUGUUUGGGGCGUUUCCCUGAUGCUCGGUUAUCUUGGGUUUGAUGGCUUUACAAGCACAUUCCAAGAUAAAUUAUUCAAAGGCUAUGAUAUGGAAAUACACAAUCAAAUAUUCUACACAACAUUGUGUUCUUGUGUUCUCAGCUUGACAGGUCUUAUAUUACAGGGACAUUUGCUUCCAGCUAUAGAUUUUGUUUAUCGUCACAAUGAUUGUUUCUUUGAUAUUGCAUUACUUUCCACUGUAGCAACAGCCAGUCAAUUCUUCAUUUCUUACACAAUUCGUACAUUUGGCGCCCUCACAUUUGCUGCCAUAAUGACCACGAGACAGCUGGCGAGCAUCAUGCUGUCAUGUGUGUGGUUUGUCCAUCCCCUUAGUUGGGAACAGUGGAUUGGGGCGGUCAUUGUCUUUGGCUCCUUGUAUGCGAAAAGCUUCUUGAAAAAAGCAUCACCAAAGCCCCCUCCUCCGCCACGAACACUGAAUGGAGCUUCUAGUCCUUUGAAAGGGAACCCCUGAUAUCUACAGGUCAAAUUUUGCACCAGUUGCUGCAUCUAAUUUCAUUGUGAUAAAGAGUUUGUCUGUGUUAAAGCUGCAUAAUACGAAGCUUGUCAGCAAAGACUCAGGGUCGAACAAUUUCAUGAAAUCCAAGCAGCACCUGAGCUGCAGCUUCAUAGCUGAUGGAAUUGAAAUUUUGGAAAAACAAAAAAAUUAAAAUAGUGACACUACAUUCUUCUGCAGGGAUAUGAAUGAUGAACAACACGUCAACUAAAGUACAGAAAUGCUCUUUGUCCAUCCUGCACCCUUUUCUUUUCUUCUGUGUUUUGUUUUACUAAAAGGAAUUAGAUGUAUAUGCAACUGCUCAAGCAUAUGAUUGUAGGUCUUUCUGUCCAAAUUUGAAAUAGAAAAAGAAUUGAAGAAAAUUAUUAAAGUGGAUUGAUUUGGUCAGGUUGCCUUUCA